AUGGCUGCGAGCGAGAAACGUUCACCGUCGGCGGAGCGUGAAGAGCACACCGUCAAUCACGUCGACAGCGUUCUCCAGGACGAGAAGCCCAUCCCGCAGGAUGAGGAGAACCGCGACUGGACAGGGUCCGCGAAGAAGACCGAUCCUGAGGAGAUUAGACUUGUACGGAAGCUGGACUGGCGGAUAAUGCCGACACUCUGUGUCAUGUACUUCUUGAACUACGUCGAUCGCAAUGCCAUCGCUCAGGCCCGACUCAACAAUUUGGAAGACGAUCUGGGCAUGUCCGGCACGCAGUUCAACACCGCAGUUUCGAUUCUCUUCGUCGGCUACGUCCUUAUGCAGAUCCCCUCGAACAUGUUGAUCACCAAAAUCCAGCCGGGCUUGUACAUGAGCGCCUGGAUGCUGAUUUGGGCUGUGGUCUCUGGUUGCACGGCGUUGGUUCAAAACUACGGAGGUCUCGUCGCCUGCAGGUUCUUCUUGGGGAUCACUGAAGCUCCUUUCUAUCCUGGCGCCACUUACAUGCUUUCAAUCUUUUAUACCCGCAAAGAGGUCGCCUCCCGCAUUGCCGUUCUCUACUGCGCCCAGAUCCUCGCCACCGGCCUCUCCUCUCUCAUUGCUGCUGGCAUCUUCGCCGGCAUGGACGGCCUCAACGGCAUCUCUGGCUGGCGCUGGCUGUUCAUCGUCGAAGGAGCCGCCACCGGCUUUGUCGCCAUCUUCGGCUUCUGGCUCCUCCCUAACACGCCGCUGACGACGCGUUGGCUGAACGAACGUGAGCGCGAGCUCGCCCACUCCCGCAUGGAGAAGGACAAGCUGUCCGACUCGGACGAGAACAAGGCCACGGCCAUGGACGGCCUCAAGCAGGCCGUCCGCGACAAGCGCACUUGGCUGUUCUGUCUGAUGCAGAACUUUCAUCUCAGCGCUUGCUCGUUCAACUCGUUCUUUCCUACUGUUGUUAAGACCCUUGGAUUCAACACUACAGUCACUCUCCUGAUGACUUGCCCGCCCUUCAUCUUUGCGGGCGCUGCCGGCAUCUUCUUCGGCUGGAGUUCCGGAAGACUCCACGAGAGGACAUGGCACAUCACCACCGGCUUGGGGAUUGCUGUCGUCGGUUUUGUCUUGGCUUCUGCGACACUCAACACGGCGGCUAGAUACGUUGCCUGCUUCAUCUUUGCCAUGGGCGCCUACUCUGUGAACAGCGUAAUCAUCGGCUGGGCCUCGUCAACUCUAUCGCAGACCAAGGAAAAGAAGGCAGUCGUUCUCGCCAUGACGAACGUCGGAGGACAGAUUGGCUACAUCUACGGCGCAUACCUGUGGCCCAGUACCGACUCUCCCCGGUAUGCCAUUGGGUUUGGUGCUUCGGCCGGCUUCUCGCUGCUCUCGAUCUGCUGCGCGUGGUGGAUCCGUGUUCUGCUGGUCAGGGAGAACAGAAGGAUCCGGGCUUCCACCUCGGAACAAGUGAACUUGUACGGAUACUAA